UAUUGUUGUGGAUGAUGCAAAAUGGAAAUCAACAACUUCUCUGCUGCAACAUAACAAUGGAGGACGGGAAAGAGAAAGAGAAGAACCUUCUCGACAAAAAAGAAGAAAAAGCGUCUCUCUUCCCUCUCUUACCAAUCCUUUCCACUCCCAUUUCUUCUUCUUCUUAUUCUUCUACUACUCCACCUCACUGGCUCUGCAACUCCAGCUUCACCGCUGACCUCUCCAUCAUCAACGACGCCGUUUCCUCCCACUUCCAACCCCAAUCCCAAUCCGAUGAAGAUGACGGAAACGACGACGAAGACCAUGGCGUUCAAGCGGAGCCGCCGCCGCGGUCGUAUGAGCCGGUGGAGUCGCCGGAAUCUGACGGAGACUCGGAGAGGAAUCGGAAGAAGAAGAAGAGGAAGAGACGGCGGAGGGAGAGAGAGAGUUCGGAUGAGAGAGGAUUCGACGGUGAUUAUGGCGGUUUGAGGGGUUCGUCAAAUGUUAGGGCUUGGGGCGGUGAUUCCCGGACCAAACACUCCAAGGACUAUUUCUUCGAUUCUCGAGGCGACCUUGACAAUUUGGCUUUUGGAUGCCUUUACAGAAUGGAUGUUGCCCGCUACAAGCCCUACACUGCUCUAGGAAUAUCCAGACUGGAUUUUCAAGGUUUGAGUCGGUGGAACCGAACAGGUCCGGCAUUGGAUAGAGAUAGUGAUGAGGAUGCAUUGGACGGAAAACUAAAAUCUGGUGGUCGUUAUUGGUCGGCAAAAUAUAUGGCUUUGGAGUCCCAGAAGAACUUGAAGCGUGUUCGUAUUCUUGUUCCUGAAAGGUUUGCAGAAACAGUUUCGGAUGAUUAUAUUCCUUUGAUGGAUGUUCAAAGUUUGAUAGUUGAAGAGUCAUGGGAGGAUGAAGUGCUGCGCAGAACAAGGGAGUUUAACAAGAUGACUAGGGAGCGACCACAGGACGAAAAGGUCUGGUUAGAAUUUGCGGGGUUCCAGGACAAGGUUGCGGGUAUGCAGUCCCAAAAGGGUGCCCGCUUACAGAUUCUUGAAAAGAAGAUUAGCAUACUGGAGAAGGCGGCUGAGCUUAACCCGGAAAAUGAAGAAUUAUUGUUAUGUCUUCUUAAGGCUUAUCAGAGAAGAGAUGGUACCGAUGUAUUAGUUGAUAGGUGGGAAAAGAUACUCGUGCAGAAUUCUGGGAGUCAUAAGCUUUGGAGAGAAUUCUUGCAUUUCCUUCAAGGAGAAUUCUCCAGGUUCAAGGUUUCAGAUAUGAGAAAAAUGUACUCAAAUGCAAUACAAGCCCUUUCUGCUGCAUGCAGCAGGCACACUAGGCAGGUCCAUCAUGCUGCUAAAUCUUCACCUUUGGAUUCUGCUCUUGUUCAACUAGAACUCGGUCUUGUCGAUAUAUUUCUCAGUCUUUGCAGGUUUGAGUGGCAGGCUGGCUAUCAAGAGUUGGCCACUGCUUUAUUUCAGGCUGAAAUUGAAUUUAGUCUGUUUUUUCCUUCUUUACUCCUUACUGAGCAGAGUAAACAAAGGCUGUUUGAGCAUUUUUGGAAUAGUAAUGGUCCAAGAGUAGGAGAAGAAGGUGCUUUUGGAUGGUCAACAUGGUUGGAGAAGGAGGAAGAAAAUAGGCAAAGGGUUAUUAAAGAGGAAGCAUCCUUGGAUGCUGAGAAAGGUGGUUGGACAGGUUGGUCGGAACCAUUAGCUAAAAAUAAGAUUGGUGAUGCGGAUCCAGAUAAUGAAGCCAACCAUGAUAUGGAAGUUGAGGAGCUUCAACCAGAUUUAGAAGAAGAUAUGAAGGAAGAAGACGAUACCGAAGCUUUGCUAAAGAAGCUAGGGAUUGAUAUUGAUGCUGCAUCUAGUAGUGAGGUCACAGACAUUUCAACCUGGACUAGAUGGUCAAAAGAAGAGCUGUCAAGAGAUUGUGAUCAAUGGAUGCCUGUACGUGCAAAAUCUGCAGAUGGAGUCUCGCGUUCUGAUGGUACACUUGAGGCAGAAGCAGAUGAACACCUUUUGAGAGUUGUAGUGUAUGAAGAUGUCAAUGAAUUCCUCUUUUCCUUGAGCUCAUUUGAGGCUCGUUUAUCACUUUUAUCCCAGUUCGUCGAUUUCUUUGGUGGUAAGAUAUCUCAAUGGAUUUGCUCAAACAAUUCAAGCUGGAUUGAGAAAACCCUUAGCCUGGAAGAAUUGCCAGAUUCUUUGCUACAAACUUUAAGGAAAGUCCAUGAUUUAAGCAAACUUCAAAAUGAUAUAGGCAGUUCCAGAUUGGAAUUUCUUUUGGGGAGCACCAAUAACAUCUCUAGGAGGACCGACAUGAUGAAAUUUCUUCGUAAUGCUACCUUACUUUGCCUAACUGCUUUUCCGCGUAAUUAUAUCUUAGAAGAAGCUGCUUUAGUUGCUGAAGAGCUUUCUGUUACCAAAGUGAAAUCUGAUAGUUCAGUUACCCCAUGUCGAACAUUGGCAAAGCGUCUCUUAAAAGCUGAUCGACAGGAUGUAUUGUUAUGCGGAGUUUAUGCACGUAGAGAGGCUUUUUAUGGUAAUAUGGAUCAUGCGAGAAGAGUAUUUGACAUGGCGUUGUCAUCUAUUGACGGGCUCCCUUUGGAAUUACGGUCUAUUGCUCCUCUUAUUUAUUUCUGGUAUGCGGAGACGGAGCUUGCAAACAAUCCUCUCAACGGUCAUGAAUCAUCACUUCGAGCAGUGCAUAUAUUAUCUUGUUUAGGAAGUGGUGAACCAUACAGUCCAUUUAAAAGUCAAGUGUCAAGUGUGCAAUUGCUGAGAGCCCACCAAGGCUUCACACAAAAAAUAGGAACAGUGAGAUCAGCAUGGGUGCGUGGCAUUAUAGAUGAUCAAUCUGUUUCUCUUGUAUGCUCAGCAGCUUUAUUUGAAGAAUUAACCUCAGGAUGGACGGCGGGUAUUCAGAUUUUAGAUCAAGCAUUUGCAAUGGUGCUUCCAGAAAGGAGGAGCCAUACUUUUCAAAUUGAGUUCUUAUUCGAGUUUUAUUUGAGGAUGCUUCAGAGACAUCUGGAUCAUGUGAGCCUGUCGAAAUGUUGGGAGUCCAUCUGUGAGGGGCUGCAAAUAUUUCCUUUUAAUUCACAACUAUGUAGUGCUUUAGUACAGAUUGGCCAUCUCUACACGACAUCCAAUAAGAUUCGGAGGAUCUUUGAUGAAUACUGUCAAAAGAAAGAAUCUGUGGUUAUCUGGAUUUUUGCUUUAUCAUUCGAGAUAAAUAGAGGGGGCUCCCAGCAUAGGAUCCGUGGAUUAUUUGAGAAGGCAGUGGGAAAUGAUACAAUGCAGAAUUCAGUUCUACUUUGGCGGUGUUACAUUGCGUAUGAGGCCAACAUAGCACGUGAUUUUUCUGCGGCGAGGCGGAUUUUUUUUCGAGCAAUACAUGCCUGCCCAUGGUCCAAAAAGCUUUGGAUGGAUGGUUUUAUAAAGCUUAACUCUAUUCUUUCUGCAAAAGAGCUGUCAGAUCUACAAGAGGUUAUGCGGGAUAAGGAACUGAAUCUGCGGACCGACAUUUAUGAAAUCCUUUUACAAGACGAGCUUGCAAUACGACGAUAGCUUGCACUUGCCAUGGCAGACCCUUGAAUAGUGUACUAAGCACACAAGGAUAGUCAAUAAACAAUACUUGUGAGGCUACCGAAAGCGUGUAAAGUUUUGAUACCCUUGUAUUCUUGUUUGAAAGAAUGCAUUAGAAAUGAGGUGUCCGCUGUAUAUUCAAUUGUGCAUUUAAGUUGAGAUGAGAUGUAGUUUAGAAUAGGCAACAUGCAUCUGAAACAUGUGUACCGGUAAAAUAGAACUACUAGGUGACUCAAAAAACAGGUGGGUCCAUUGUUAUGUUGUAGUUUUAGCCCCUGU